GAUAAUUUUUGGGGGCCUGAAUUUACAAUAUCGUUAAAGCUUAAGAAAAAAAGCACCGAUAGCUAUGAGUGAAGAAAAAACAAAAACAUCAUCUAAUUCAUUUUCCAUAAUACGCAACGUCAAUCGUUUAUGUGGUGAACUUCGAUGCAAUGUAUUUAAAAGCAUUCAAUAUCACACAAAAAAUUCAAAUAAUAUCAUUCCAAUAUUAAAAACUGCAGUACCGACGGAUCCGUUAGGCAUUGAAACAUCAACUCACGGUGUGAAAGACACUCAACGUAAAAGCCAGUUUUUAAAUACCUAUUGUCUUUCGUCAUCCUCAUAUAUGACCACACUCGUCUCAUUGUCCUUGAAUUCUGCAACGUAUACAAUGUAUGCAAGACAGGCCUAUAUUACCCAGCUUGGCUUACUUUUUUGUGUUCCAUAUACUAUUUCAUGGUUUGUUCUUGCUAAACCAUUGAUUGAAUUGGAAACAACCCUUGGACAAAUGACGCAAAGCGGGCCGUUUACAACGUAUUCAAUGUUGCAUCCUCAAAUUUCUGGGAUAGGUAUUUCUAUGGUACUACUAAGUUUCUUAAUGUCUAUCGUUGACAUGUAUUACGCAGCUGAAGCACUUCGUUAUACUAUAUCAAGUCUCCAUAGACACCUACCUUGGGACGCUGAUGCGGUUUCUAUUAAUUAUUGCGGUAGCAUUAUUGGCAUAAAAAAAUGUAAUACAUCAGAACUCUGCAAAUAUGACACGCCAUCAAGACUUUGUAUUCCUUCUAUGGUGAAACUGGCUUAUGCUUUCUAUUUAAAAUCUGUAUACAGCAAAUCUUUAGAACAAUCAAGUUUUGUAUUUGAUGUAAAACUUUUUCUUUGUUUAUUACUAACCGGCAUCAUUGUCACCAUUAUUGCAUAUCAAGGUUCAGCUCUUUUAACACCACUAGCCACUUUAUGCUCGACAACAAGUUUAGCUCUUCAUACCCUCAUAGCAAUAACUUUUGUAAACCUUGAAUCCAGUUAUGAGCUUACUUUGGGUGAUCUUACAGAUCGUAAAAAAUGGAUUCACUUAUUAACGAAAGGUAGCCCAUGGACAUCUGCUGUACUGGUUGUGCUGGCGUCCACUGACAUUAUUGGGGGUGCUUAUUACGCCUUAGGAAGCUGGACAACACCAAGAACACGGACUAUUCAUGGAAGUAUUAUUUCACUUCUAGUUCAAAUUUACGUUGGUUCCAUAACAUCUAUGGUUUUAUCGGAAUCAAAUUCACUUUUACCGACGUUAAUCUUGCCCAAAAGCAAUUCCAUCAAAAAAAUUUUGUUUUCCCGUUCAUCCACAUUUCCAUUUGUUUUGUUUCCAAUGGCAGUUCUGUAUUUACCGGGACCACCCUUAUUUUCAAUUUUAAUUUUUCUUUUCAUUUGGGUCCAACGUAUUAUAAAAAUCGUAUUUCUUUUCUCUAUUGUGCAAACAUUUCUACAAGAUUCCCAGUUAGCAUCUCAUUUGUCAAAACUAUGGCGGCACUGUACAACAUGUGCAUUAAUACUUCUUUGCACAGCACCUUAUGCCUUAAAUUUUAACUUGAAUAUGUCUGGUAGCGUGAGAAUCGUAUUAUACGACUUUAUUCUUCACAAUCUGGUGACUCCAGUCCUAGGUGUCAUUCAAAUCACAGGGUUAGAAUCGUUUUAUAGAACAAAAUUCAAACAAUCUGCUCUUGGACAAUUUCCAAACGUUCUUCGUCAAGUUGUACUUCUCCUUCACACGUUAUUUCUCUACAAAUGGUCAACAAUGCUACCGCAAAGCUACGGAUUGCCUUCUUUCAAACUGUUUCUAUUAUGUUUAUUGCUCUACAUAAUGUCCCUUGCAAUAUUAUCUAUGAUACCUUACUUGUCUAUUGGCGAAUUACCUAUACGAUUUUACUGGUGGACUUGUGGAGGUAUGAAUGUUGUACGCCAGGAUCUUAAUCGUAACAAUUUUUCGCUUUUUCAUAUAAACAAAAAGUUAACUUUGUGCUGGAGCAUAUUAAUGACUUUAGUGAUACCCUUCCUACUAGUAUUUAUUUUUCUGUACUACAUUACAACAAUAAAACAAUAUACGAACAUCCUGCCCGAAUAUAAGAUAAUGACAUGCAUCAUAGCUAUUUAUUUUGUUGUGUUCCUACCAACUGUCGUGCGAUAUAUCUUUCCUAAGGCUAUGUCUGUGUUUUCUUUAACGAACACUAAAGUCUUUUCCACAAAUACAGUUUUAUGCACUAAAGAGGCACACUACGGUAUGAGACGACGCCCUUUGGACUUGUUUGAAGAGUUUUAUUCUGCUGAUACCAUUAAUCGUAACGCUUAUGAACUACGUUUUCAAAAAAUUACAUCUAGAUAACGAAUGAGUGAUU